AGGGGGUAUUCACUGAAACACUGCACACCUGUUAAGAAUAAGGUACUCUGCAAAAAUAGGAACCUACAAACCAUACCAGAAGACUUUCACCCAAUAGUGAGAUCUUUAGACAUUUUCUGUAAUAACAUUUCAGUGAUCAAAGGGUUUAAAGGUCUAAAAUUCCUCAAAUUCGGGACCAUGUCCAGUAAUGUGAUCUCUCAUGUUGAAGACGGAGCUUUCAACAAUUCUGCCUCUGCAGCAGCUAGACCUGAGCUAUAACAAACUCAUCACCAUCUCAGACCACAUAUUUCAGGGCCUGGCCAACCUCUCAGUGCUGCACCUGGAAAACAACCUGAUCAUAACUAUUGAUUCAUUAUCCCUUCAGUCUCUCUCAAGUUUACUGGUAGUGAACUUAGGCAGCAACAAAAUACAUAAUCUAAAGGAUGUUCAGCCCCUCUUACGUUUAACAAAAUUGCAGGAGUUGUACAUUAGUAGGAACAAAUGUACCUCUUUUGAAUCAACUUCCAAAAGGCUGAUGGUGCUGGAUGUAUCUUGGAAUCCAUUGGAAAGGUUCAGUAUCACAGCAGAUGUUCUUCCUAACCUUAAAAAUUUAGACCUCUCCUACUGUGUCCAAAAUGGAAUCAUGGAAUGGGAUGUGGCCGACAGGUCUUUUCUGAGUCACAUGUACAAACCUCACUCUGCCUGGAAAUAAAAUCCCUUCAGGAGCAAGUAGAGAGUCUUCAGAAGGCAAAACGUUUGACAAACCCUCGCUAAACCCUCCACCCUUCAUUCACUUGUCAUCUCUCGAAUAUCUGAAAAUCUACAGCCAGUGUCCAGAAGGAAUGCAUAAUCUACUAUCAAACUUUUUUGAAGGUCUGAAGUCUUUAUUGACAAUAUGGUUAGGGAAUCUCAAUAUUGAAUCUCUGCACCCAGACACAUUCAUUUACACACAACAGUUGAUGUACCUUGACAUCAGCAACAAUAUAUUAAAAACUCUCACACCAGAGCUGUGUUAACCAAUCCCAGAACUCAGGAAAAUAUUACUGUCAACAUUUCGACACCAGUCUUUAGAUUUCCUUAUAGGAGCAAACUUAUCUCAAGUGUUUUACUUGCAGGUAAGAAAUAAUGAACUUACAGCUAUCAAUGAGAGUGUGAUGCGUUCUCUCCCUUCUUUGAGUUACAUGGACCUGAAUAAUAACUUGUUCAAUUGUGACUGCAGCCAUGCUUGGUUCAUUCAGUGGGUGAUAAACACAACCCAAAUGCAAGUUCUUGUGUUUGGGUACAUCAAUAUCUCUGCAAAUAUCCAUUCAAUCUUAAGGACCCCAAACUGUUGGACCUUGACACCCACUCCUGCUCGGUAUACAUAGGCUUCUUCUACUUCAUCUCAACCACUUCCCUGGUCCUCCUCACCCUGUUGGGGUCCUCCCUCUACCAUCUCCUGACAUGGCAAGUGGUCUAUGCCUACCACCUCUUCCUGGCUUAUCUCUACGACACCAAGCAGAGAAACAGGCAUACAGCUAAUCAGUAUGAUGCCUUGGUCUCCUACAACACCCAUAAUGAGCCUUGGGUCAUGAGGGAGCUGCAGCCAGAGCUGGAGGCG